GUACAGACGAUGGACUGGAUGGGGAGGGGCCAGGCGGGGUAUGCAGGCGUAGGUUUGAAGGGGGAGAGAGUCACCGGCCGUUCGGGAGGAGCACCUGCCCGCGCGCUGCGGGGUUGAGCCGUCGGGGUACGUCCCCCGGUACCCGGGCGCUGGCCCCUGCGUCUCCGGCCUGAUACGCGCUGCGGGGUCCCAGAGCUUCCGUAGGCCAGAGAGGGCUUCCGGAGGCGGAGGGUCGCUCCCGCGUGUCGGUGGCGCCUCCCGGCCGCAGGGGGCACCCUGAGUGCCGCCGCUGACCCUCCGGAGGUUGCUAGGCUGCCAUUUGGUGCAAGGGGCUGAUUGGUGGGGUCCGGACAAGGAGAGUGUCAGGUGUCGCCGCGAUUGAGUCGUGGAGGGCGGACCCCGCGAGGCUCUCAACGCCGAUUGGUUCCCGACGCACCGGAAAUGCCUCCGCACCGGACAGAAAGGACAGCACUCAAACUCCGGGGGCAACGCUCAUUGGGCAGGAGCUAGAGGCGUGUCUCAGCCUACUCGGUGGUUGGGCGCGGGCCCAGCAGAGGCGGCACCUGAACGGUGACUGGGCGCCGGGACGCAGCUCUCGCGGGGAUUGGACGCGGGGACGCGGCGGCGGCGGCGGCGGCGCGCAAUCUGAGGAAGGCGAGUGGAGGCUGCAUGGGGCGGCGGCGGCGGCGUCGCCGGGUGGACCCGGCGGACGCGGCCCGGGCCCUGCCCGAGGCCAUCGCCGCGUUGAGUCAGACGCUGCCCGCCGGACCCAGCCCCGAGACCUUCCGCCGCGCCAAGUUCGACCGUCCGGAGGCGGCCCCCGCGUUCUGGCGGCUGCUCUUCUGCGUGCUCUCGCCGCAGCCGCCCAACGGCGCCUCGGCCUCAUUCUCCCCGGAGGCCCAGGUCCGCUCUGUGAAGUUGGCGCUGCGCACCCAGGGCUACCCUAGGCGGGCCCUGGCACAGCUCCCGGACGACGGCUCCCAGGGCGGCCGCGAGCUGCUGCUGGCCCUGGCCUGGCUCCUGGCCCGCGAGCCCCUGCCCGAGCGGCUGCUGGCCCAGAACCGCGUGCAGCUGGGCGACGAGAUGCACGUGUGCGAGUGCGAGGCCCUGGCCAGCCCUGGCCCUCCUGCCCCCAGUGUGGAAGCAGACGGCUGUGUGGACAUCCGCCACCUGCAGUGGCUGAUGGGAAAGCUGCGGUUCCGGUGGCGAAACCUGAUGGCCAGUCAGCAGGAGCAGUGCGCCCUCCUGGGCAAGAUCCACUCAUAUACCCGUGGCUGCCACAGCGACCGCAGCCUUGGCCACCUGUCUGUUACCGAAACGGAGCUGCUCAGAGACCCGGAGGGUGGCCGGCAGCUGCUGCGGAGGCUGCAGAGGGAGAACGCACGGCUGCAGGCGGCCCUCGAGUGGCGGCGCCGGGAGCUGGUCUUCUGGCAGUGGAUGGACACGGUCCUGGACGCCUGCCCCCCUGAGGCCUCACAGCCCACGUUUCUGCCCAGGAUCCCCACGCCAGGGGCUGGAGCGUUGGAGCCCCUGGUGCGGGAGCUGCAGGCCCUGCAGGGAGAGCUGCGAGAGGCGGUGGAGGCCCGGCGGGAGGCCUGGGAGGCCGGGGUUGGAGGCCGUGGGCCCGAGUGGAGCGCCGUGAGGACGGCCUUGCGGGAGGCCGUGGGGCAGGACCUGGCAGCUCUGCGGCGGGCCUGCGAGCGAAGCGGCAGCCUGGCCCAGCCCCACGGGCCCCGCCGGCUGGUGAGGACUGAGGCUGGGGCGCCCAGGGGCCCAGGCCUGCGGGCCCCUGAGGUGAUUGAGGCGCUGAGGAGCCGGGAGGCCCACCUGGAGGUGGUGCUGCGCCGGCUCCAGGGCCAGUGUCGACAGGAGCUGGCCAGGCUGGUGGGAGCCCUGCCUGGCCUCGUCUGGAUCCUGCCACCGGGACGCUGACGCUCCCUUCUCCAGGGGGCACCCCCCACCCCCACCCCUCAGCCUGGCUGGGCCUUGGAGGGGCAGAUUCCAGGCCGGGUAGCUGCAGGGGUGACACAGACACAGCACCGGUGGUACAGGCACGCUGGGCCCCGGGCCCCGGGUCCCCACUUGGGGCAGUACCCAGCCCCGCGGCCUGCAGCGCUGGGGGCAGGCCCGUUGUGGUGGCCGUGGGCAUUCAGGAUCUGGAGAAGACCCGGAAGUAAAUUGUGGAGGCCUUCUUGCAGGGCUGAGGCUCUAGCUGUCCCUCCGCCACCCGUCCAGGUCUCUGUCUGGUGAGGCGGUGCUCCCCUCAGGCCCAGGGCGAGGGGUCCCUGGGCAGUGGUGGCUGAGGCUGGGCCGGUCCAGGGCUGCCCAGGUGCUGGACGGACAGGCGUGGCCUGCAGCACAGGGUGGGCGUCAGGGCCCCGGGGGAUGCAGUGUCCUGGGUGCGCCCUUGGAGCCCUCAUCCUGGGCUCCCUUUGUGCACCCCACCUGGGCCACGCCUGUGCCUGGUGUGCGUGUGGGUGUGCGUGCGUGUCUGUGUUGGGCAGGGACGCCUGAUGGGAACCUCGGGUGGGGGGGACUCUGCUCCGUUCCUGGGGGUGGUGCCCGCGGGGGGAGGGGGAGGCCACUGUGGACAGAGCGGGCUUUGUUCCCGAGACUGCUCCGGGAGCUGGGCUCCGCCCUGACAAAGAGCCAUCUGUGUCCGGAGAAUGUGCCCCGAGCCUGCCAGAGCAGGCCCCUCUCCUUCCCAGGAGGCUUGGCUUCUUGGCACCUGCCCCGUCCCCCUCCCGCCAGCGGACAUGGCCUCAGCCCGGCCUCCCUUGCCGGGCUCCCCUCUCCCCCAGGGUGCUCCACCCUGACCUGCUGCCGGCCAGCUUAGGCCCCAGGGCCCAGCCACAACGCCUUCUCAUUGGCCUUUGCUGUCCGCUUGGGGAGUGCUGGCUCAUGCCCAGGGGCACCGGCUCCUCUGGGCCAUUCUGGACCUCCUUUGUCUCGGGUUGGGGCACACCUGUGGUGCCUCCGCACUGGCCUCGGGAGCACUGACCAGACCGGGGGGCGAGCCAGCUCCCCCUUCAGGAGUGCCCCCCCUGACCCUCUCCUCACAGGCUGGCCCUAGAGAGCCUCUGGCCCGAGCCCCUCCCUCCAAGGCCUGGCCCCCUUCUCCUAGCCCCUCUAUGGGCUCCCUGCUUGCUCCAGUUGGGUCCAGGGCACAUGGGACUUAGGCCCGCGCCUGCGGCCCUCGCGUGUUUAAAGGCACUUCUGGACCCCCUGCUGCCGUCCUCCUGACUGCCCCACGGGGCAAGUCCACUGAAAACUCCCUGCCUUCUGUGGACUCCCUGAAGCCGGGAUGGCCACUGGCCCUCAGGAACUUAAGUUUUAGAAACUCAAAUGUAAAGUCUGCGUUACGGAGCUGUCACUUCUCAGACUGAUCUGUAGAUUCAGUACAAUUCAAUCAAAACCACAAGCGUGUCUGUGUGUCUGUGGGACCUGGGCUGGUGAUUCUGAAACACGAGGUGGAACCCGCCCGAGAGGCCAAGCUUGGGGGGAGUGGAGCCGUCCGCGAUGACCCCGCAAGGCAGGAGCUUUCCAAGGCUGCAGGGAGCAGGCGUGGGCCCUGGGGUUUGGCUCCUACUGUUGCCGUGGUAAGUUAGCGCUUGUAAGUUAGUGGCUCACGGCCCUGAUCCUGCCGUUCUGUGGGGCUGAGGUCUGGUGGGCAGGCAGGAGGCCCCGGGGAGAAUCCACUGUGGACCUCAGGCCUCACACGAGCUGUCAUCUCCAACACUCCCCAGCCCUGCGGCCACUGCAGUCCCCUUCUGCAUGUGACAUGACAGGUUCACAGGCCUGACCCCAGGGCUCAGACCCUGCCCACCAACCCCAGACCCACGGGACAGACGGGGUGUGGGGCAGCGUGGGCCCACGUGUGCACUGGAGGCUGGCCUGGCUGCAUGUGUGAGGACUGCACGCUGGGCUGCAGGGUUCCCCACCGACCCACAGACACAGCCCUGCAGGAGGUGAGGAUGCCACGCUCCCCUCUGGAGUGGCUUCCUAAGACCACAGUAAGUCACUGCAUCAAGACUAGAAACUUGUUCAUUAAGAGACACCGUAAAGACAGUGGAAAGGCAAGCCUGAGCAAGCGGGAGAGUGUAUCGCAACACCUGUAGCCCGUAAAGAACUGGUGUGGAGCAGAUAGGGCCGUCAGCCCAGGGGCAGACACUGCAGAGAAGAGGAAACAGGAAAUCAGAUAAGUCAAGAUGUUCGCCUUUGCUGUAGCCAGGGACGUGCAGGUGCCCUGUGUGGCCGCAGGUGGGCGGGGCACCGGGAAGGGGGUGGGGCUGGAUUCGAACUACCCCCCGGGAAGCACACGGGCACGUCUUGUGAGAGGCGCCCCCCCAACCCCGGAAUCGCGGGGGCAGGAGUGGAUGUGGGAGGUCUCUGCCGUCCGCCACGGGGAGUGGGUGAGGGAGUGACGGGGACGGCCGGCUGGCCACACUGCAGCGGCCUCCUGGGAUCCGGAGUCAAAAACUCUUGAGUCUUCUAGAAAACACAGGCAUGUCGCAGAAGACGACACACAGGGAGAUCUUAAAAAAGCAAAACAGCCAUGACUGGGGUAGGGAAGGGAUUCUCGUCUGUGGGUAAGUUUGGGACAGCGGGGCUGCCUCGCGGGGCUUUGUGGUUGUGGGUUUAUUAACGGUUCCCACUCGCCCCCAGGGCACCUGUCCUUUGGGUGUGUCAACCGUGAGGUCAGAAAUCGAGGAGCCAGUCCAGGUGCCUUCCCGCGGCCAGACCGCUCUGCCUCCUGUGCUCGGGCUCUUGUUCUGUCACCUCCACCUUCACGGUCCUUUUGGUGCCCUACCCCACUACCCACCUGCUGGCCUCCCUCUCCCUUGUCCUUGUCUGCAUUGGUCGACCUUGGCUUGACCUUGGCUUGGGGGGCGUGGCUGGCUGGUCAGGACUGAGGCCCCCCGGGCCCACCUGCAGCCUGAGGGGUAUUCCCCGGGGCCUGCUGAAGUUCAGGUUGGGGUGGGCAGGAGCAUCUCUCAGCGGCAUUUAGGAGACAAUCCCUGUUGGCGGGGCACCGUUGACGACCUUGGUCCAUAGGCCCCGGCACCCGUGUCCUUGCCUGUGGGUGUGGCUGGUGGCCAUGAAGUCGUGCCUCUGGAGCUCCGGGGCCCCCAACUGGGUCCUGGGUGCUGAGAGCAGCUGGGCGCCGGCCUCUCUGUCCUUCUUGGCCGAGCCGGGCUGUUCCUCCUCUCAUCCAUCAGCCAGGAUUCCCGAGGUGCCCAACGUGUGCCCGCCCCGGGGCUGGGGGAGAGCAAACACCAUAAACGAAUGUGCAUCAGGGGGCGAUGGCCCUGGCCGUGCGGGGUCGGGGCGCGAGGUGACAGAGGGUGGUGGUCAGAGGAGGCCUGCCCAGACGGUAAAGGAGGGGAGGAGAGGGUGCUGAGUGUCCCACCCAGGAGGGUGGUCCAGGCAAAGGAAAUGGGGUGCUUAUGC